CUCGUGGCGGGGGUUUGGAACAGCUAGAACUGUGGAAAAUGUCUCAGAGCUCAGGAAAGAUCGUGCUGUACGAGGGCAAGAACUUCACAGGCCGCAAGCUGGAGGUGUGCAGCAGCUGCGACAACUUCCAGGAGCGCGGCCUGGUCAACCGCGUCAACUCCGCGCGAGUGGAGAGCGGUGCCUUCGUGUGCUUCGACCACCCAGACUUCAAGGGCCAGCAGUACGUGUUGGAGCGUGGCGAGUACCCCGAAUUCCAGCGCUGGAGCGCCCACAACGACCACAUGGGCUCCUGCCGUCCAAUCAGAAUGCACGGCGAGCACUACAGGCUGGAGGUGUUUGAGGGCGACAACUUCAGCGGCCAGCACGUGGAGCUGAACCAAGACUGUCCCUUGCUGCAAGCCAAAGGCCUGACAAAGAGCUGCAUCAAGUCCCUCAAGGUGUACGGAGACGGAGCUUGGGUGCUGUACGAGGAGCCCAACUACCGCGGUCGCAUGUACGUGGUGGAGCGAGGAAGUUUCGGCAGCCACACCGAGUGGCAGGCGGACAAUCCCAAGAUCCAAUCUGUUCGCAGGGUCGCCAACUACUUCUAAGAUGGCGCAGAAGCGAUUCUGGAAAGCAGUAAAGGCUGAAGAAACAUCCGAUAACUUGCCGCUUCACUUUUGUACCGCCUUAUUCCAAAGCCGCAAAUAAAGCAAAUGUAUCAUA